GGCUCCAGUAUAUCUAUUGACACACGUCCUCUUCCGGGUGUGUGUGAAAAGACUUUCACUGAGCUGCGGAGGGAUUCGCUGGGUAUCGAAUGAUACACACAGCAACUCAAACUCAAGCCAAGACCAUUUUUAUGAAAAGAGCUGUGCAACAAGAAAGAGAAAAGUUGUAAUCUGUGUGCAGGAAUGUCAGAAGCUAGUUUUGACUCUGGGAAGAAUGCCUCACAGGAUACUCAAUCGGACCCUAAUGAACAGGGCCCUCAAAAUACUGCUGAUUCUGUGAGUCAAUCAAAGGGCAGAAAAAACAGCCUGGAUGAAGCACACAUGACUGAAAUUGACAUCAGUGAGGACAAGGAAGUUGGAAACCACAAUUAUGCUCACAGUGAGGAUGAGGAUGUUGGUGAUGAAGAUGGGGAUUCUCAGGCCCAGUGUAAAACUAGUGGAAUAAUUCGGGAUAAUGCUGAUUCUGAAACAACAAGCAGUGUGGCAACAGAAGCUGAUGUGAAGGUGGCUAUGGCAGAGGAGGCCCACAGAAGCCAGGCUGCUCACAUCUCAGUCACCAGAAACGGAGAAGCAGACAUGAGGAGUCAUGAGGAAGUGUCUCACAGGGAUGUGCCACACAAUGUCUCCUCUGGACCAAUCAGAUCACACUCCCACAAUUCACCUGAAAACUAUGCAGUGAAUGAGGGAGUGGUCCAAGUGGGGCCAUAUACAGGGUCGCCAUUCCAGGCCACCACACCUAAAGUUGUCCCCAGUCCUGCAGCAGCCAGCCGGCUAGCUCGCAGCAUCAGCGAUAGUCAGGUGGAGACACAGAAAGGUGCUUUGAGAGAGCAGCAGAUGGGAGGAGCAGUGGUCCUUGCUGAUGACAUAAAGAGUCCUGCCAUAGAGAAACUGGAGCUGGUGAGGAAGUGGAGCAUCAACACUUACAAAUGCACUAAGCAAAUUCUGUCCGAGAAGUUAGGUCGUGGCUCCCGUACGGUUGAUCUGGAGCUGGAGGCACAGAUCGAGAUUCUUCGGGACAACAAACGAAAGUAUGAGCAUGUUAUCAAGCUGGCGCAGACACUUUGCACUCAGCUAGCGCAGAUGCUGCAGACGCAGAGACAGCUGGGUGACGCGUUUGCCGACCUUAGUCUCAAGACACCCGAGCUACAUGAGGAAUUUGGCUACAAUGCUGAAACCCAAAAACUCCUGGCGAAAAAUGGAGAAACUCUGUUGGGAGCUAUCAACUUCUUUAUCUCCAAUGUUAAAACUCUAGUGGAUAAAACUAUAGAGGACACCUUGAUCAACAUUAAGCAAUAUGAAGCAGCAAGGAUUGAGUAUGACGCAUAUCGCACAGAUUUAGAGGAGCUCAAUCUGGGUCCACGGGAUGCCAACACACUCCCGAAGAUCGAGCUGUCUCAGCAACAGUUCCAGAUCCAACGAGAAAAAUAUGAAAAGAUGCGCAAUGAUGUCUCAGUCAAACUCAAGUUUCUGGAGGAAAAUAAGGUGAAGGUUUUACACAACCAGCUGAUUCUCUUCCACAACGCCAUCGCCGCAUACUUCGCAGGCAACCAACAGCAGCUGGAACAGACCCUUAAACAGUUCCACAUCAAACUAAAGUUACCAGGAGGAGAAACCCCCUCUUGGCUCGAGGAGCACUGAUUGAAUCCGAUCGUAUAAUCCAGAGCGGAGAGCAGAGCACAGCACUCCAUAAGGAAACCAAAUCCAUAAAGCAAAAAUGUCUCGCUAUCACUCCUUUCCCUUUUUACAACUUUCAGGACACUAAAACCUGUCAAUAAAUGUAUGACAGGAAACCAUUUCGAUAAAAGAGAAAUAUUUAACUCCUCUCUUUGUCCUUGCUAUGUCUGACUUUACACUUGAAGUUUAGUUUUUAAAUAAAUGCUUUUUCUUUUGUCUGAGAGUUUGCACUCUCUUGCGCAACAAAAACAAUCUUGUUGUUUUUGAAUCAAGUUACCAGCACUUUAAUGGUAGACAAAAUACAGUUAAACAGGAAGCAGGAAGAAAUUAGGGGCCUUAUGAAUGUUGUACAGACUUUAAAAUAGUAUUUUUGAAAAAAAGAUUAUUCAAUUUAAAUUGGUCUUGGACUAAAAAGCAGUCUGACACUUAAUUCUACUUAAAAUUUGCCUUUUCAUCUUUUUCUAGACCUCACUGGUGUCAACCUCUCCUAAUCUUUUUUUUUUAUGUAACUGGACUGUUAUAUUGUUAUCAAAUACAUUGACAUAAAUUUCCAUACUGCCGCCUUACAGGGCAUAUUGAUCUGAAAGGUAGGCCAUUUUAGUUCAAACUUUAAGUUUUGCUCUGCUGCAUUUACUGUCACAAAAAUGCAGAAUAAUCAGAGGUUAUAAACUCUCAACUUCUGGCUUUUUUUGCUAUACAUUUUUAAAGUGAACCUUUUGUAGAUCUAAUUGAAAGGGGAUGGGGCUUCGAUUCCGACUUGAUGUGCCUUGCUCUUUGUCAAUCAUCAAUUUGAAUCAUCUUCAGUGUUGUCAGGAGUUGUAAAUAACAAAUACUCUCAUUACCAUACAGACCACAGAAUGAACCAAUAAACACAGCCAUGUUUGCAAUCCAGGAUAAUCACACAUGCAUAUAGACCAGCAACCUCUAUUUAACUUGAAAUUACAAUCUGUUUUACCUCUUUUUUUUAAGCAACCUUUCUUUGCAUUCCAUUUCUUCAAUAGCUAAGCCAGGAAACUUUUGUACAAAAUGUAAACCAAAUUAAUUUGACAUGAAAUAUCAUGUCAGCUGCCUCGGCUGUUUAUAUCCGUUUGGGUUUUGUUGUUCUUUCUCUGUUUAUCUCUAUUUUCUUCAUUCAUUUUUAAAUGUAAUUAUUACUUCUUUUUUUUUUACAUGUCAGAGGAAGACGAGCUCUUCUGAAUCAUUCCCCUCUUAUAAGUGUUCAGUGAGUUAACUCUUUAAACACAGAAGUGUAAAAUCAAAUUUGAUAACCCCAGUAUCAGCUCGGAUGAUCUAACAUACUAACCUGGAAAAGCUUUAGAUUUGGGCAUUUAAAAAAGCUUCUACCAUUAUAUACAUGGGGGGAAAACUAUGUCAAAGAAUUGAAUGUAGAACAAAUUAUAAAAAUAUGGAUGCCAAAUGGAAUGUUAAGAUUUAUAUCUUGAAUACAAAAUAAUGCAGUUGUUUAUUCUUGGAGACUCUUACAACAUCAGCACACCUGGUUCUCCUUGUCUUGCCUCUUUUCAUUUGAUGUACAAUAACUACCUUUAGAUUCUGUGUGACUUCAGUUCUGUCUUAGCAGCAGACAGACACCAAUGUACAGUAAAUGUGUGAGAACUGACUGACAUGCAUAGUCACAUCUAUAUAUAUUAUUUGUAAAAUCUUGUAUUUCACUUUGGGUAUAAAAGAACUUUGCUGUGUGCUGCUUUUUUAGAGGGUUUGUUGAUAAACGAUGGAUCAGGUGUUUAAGGGCAGAAAAGAUCUGAAUGUUGAAUCAUGGGAGAAAAUAAAACUUUUCAUUCUUAA